UGGAAUUGGUUUAUUAUUGUCACGUGUACCAAGAUACAAUAAAAAGCUUGUCUGGCAUGUUCCUCAUACAGAUCAUUACACAGAGCACUGAGGUAGAACAAGGUAAAACAGUAACAGAUGCAGAAUCAAGUGUUAAAUUUACAGAGAAAGAUACGGGCCAAAUGCGGGCAAGUGAAACCGGCUUAGUCUGAAUCAGAAUCAAGUUUAAUAUCACUGGUGUAUAUCGUCCAAUCUGUUGUUCUGUGGCAGUGGUAGAUUGCUGUAAAACACUGUAGAUUACAAUCAGAGGAAAGUUUAAUCAAGAAACAACAAGAAAGCACAGAUAGUGAGGUAGUGUUUAUCGUUCAUUCAAAAAUCUGAUGGCGGAGGGGAUUGUUCCUAUAACGUCGAGUGUGUGCUUUCAGGCUCCGGUACCUCCUCCUUGAUGGUCGCGAUGAGGAGAGGGCACGUCCUGGGCGAUGGGGGUCCUUAGUGACGUCUACUCCCUUUUCACCCUUGAUGAUGGCUGCCGCUUUUCUCCGCAUCCUUUCGCGUGGGUGUGCUCAGUGGCUGGGGCGGCUUCACCCGUGAUGUCCUGGGCCUCUUGUCGGAUUUUCCGCUCAGGAGCACUGGUGUUCCCACAGCAGGCUGUGGCCAGCCCACGCUCGGAACUUUGACACGGUUUUCGAUGCCUCGUAUCUCCGCAGACUCGCGAGGAAGCAGCGGCGCUGUCUGUCGGGCUUUCUUUGCAAUUAUAUUUCUGCGAUGGGUCCAGGGCAGGUCCUCUGAGAUAGUGACAUGUAGGAAUUUGAAGUUGCUGAUCCUCUCCACCUCUGACCCUCCGUUAACGUUCUCGUGAUGGAGCUGGUUGAGCUGACAAGACUAUGCAGCUGUUUCCUUUGUGUAGUGGCCCCUCCAUACCACACUGUGAUGCAACCAGAUCUCCACGAUACAUCCGUAGACAUUUGACACAGGUUUCUUGAUUGGCAGGGACAAGUCGGGCCGAACGGCCUGUUUCCGAGCCCGCAUCUCGGCGUACGUUAACCCUUCACUUGCCAGCCCUCCCUCUCUCAGAAGUUCAGCUUGAAAUCUGAAGCUCGCUGAUCCCUGCAAGCAUGAAUGCCGAAGCUGUGACUUGAGAUAAGAAUCGCCUCUGAGGUAGAAAGGCGUGACCGGUUAUUUUGCAAUAUGGGAGGGGAGAACACGGCGUCAUUGACUCGGGCUGUAGGAGGAAUCUCCCCACCCAUUUUUUUGGUCAGUUUUGUAGAGUUUCAGUUGCGGGCUUGAAAGCAUCGUCGGCUUUGAGGCUGAGAUCUGUCUCCGGCAGUUAAAACAACAGCGGAUGAAUGUGGACGCCGUGAGCAGCCCCGCGAGGCGGAAAUAGCCGAUGCGCGGAAGUUUUCAGUGGAGAAACUUAAGACAAUUUUUUUUUGAGAAGGUGGGGGGUGACGGGAGAGGAACGACUACAAUAUGGACAAGGCCAUAAAGGAGGGGCAACUCUAUAUCUUGCAACCUAAAUUCGGAAAGAAAAGCUGGAAGAAGAAUUGGUUUGUCCUGUAUCCAGCCAGCCAGCAUGGGAUCUCCCGGCUGGAGUUCUUCGACAACAAGGAUGGGGUCACUGUGUCCGAGAAGCAGUCUACCAAAAAGAUGGAUAAAAAGAUCAUCCGGCUGUCCGACUGCAUCAGCAUCACGAAUGCCCCGAACGAGGUGUGUCCGAAGGAUUCCAUGUCUGCCUUCACCAUCGAAAUGGAGGAAAAACUGUACACUUUCGCGGCAGAGAAGUCGAUCAGUGCAGAAUGGGUUGAGAAACUCUGUGAGAUAGCUUUCCCGCCUGUUGCUGGGGACACCGGUGGGUCUCAACCUCUGGAGAUGGCAGAGAACAGUAUCUACUUCUCCCGAUCUGAAGUGAACGAGUUCUGGGUGAACAUGCAGAAGACCGAAGCAUCGGAGAGAUGCAAGCUACAUGGCACCUACAUUCUCAAAGCCGACAAGGAGAAGCUGCUGCUGAAAGACACCAAAACCAACGAAGUUCUCUUCAGCUGGCCGUACAAGCUAAUGCGUCGCUACGGCCGUGAUAAGGUCAUGUUCUCCUUUGAGGCUGGCCGCAGAUGCGACUCUGGUCCAGGAAACUUCACCUUCGAGACCAAGCACGGGAAUGACAUAUUCCUGAUGGUGGAGAAUAGCAUAUUGGAACAGAAGGCCAAGGCUGAGCGGUAUCGCUGCAGCUACGACCCGCCUGAUACUGGGAAUGGCAGCGGCUCUGGCGAUUCCCUGACCUUCGAUGUGACGCCUCCUGGCACGGCCGGGACAAAAGGAAACCCUGGCAGAGGAUCCGGGGGAUCAGAGGGAACGCCCGCCACGAGGAAGGAGCAAGUGACGCCUAAGGGUCUGGAGGAGAAGGACCUGUCUAAGCACCUAAAGUCCCGCAGUCUGCCAGAACCCCCCAGCACCGGGCCGGCAACACCCCCACGCUCUCCUGUCCCCAAGCUGCCCAAGCACCUGGUGAACUCUGACCCUGGCUCCAUCUACUCUGACCCAAUCGAUGCCUUGACCGGCAACAAUCGCAGCUUAAACUCUCUGUACUCUGAUCCGCUGGACAGUGUCCCCAAAGCCUCUGGACCCCAACCCCUGCCCCGCCCAGUCUUAAAGGACGCCAAGGCGGCUGGGCAGUCCGCAGAGCCCCUGUACGCGGACAUUUAUGAGCGGGUGAACUAUGAUUUCUCGCGGGCGGCCAUCAACCCCAGGUCGGAGGAGCAUAUCUAUGAUGAACCAGAAGGCCGGGCACCCCUGCAGCCUCCUGAAGGGAGGGGCCCUCACCCUCUCCCUGUCCCCACCACCAUCUACGACCACGCCAAGAAAGGGGAAGAGGAGGCCCGGAAGAUGAAGAAGGUGCCUUGCCCCUCUGCUGUCGAUGACGGCUUAUCGUCAGCUCCUCCAAGAAGCGGCGACCAGUUGGCUGGCAAGUCCAGGAAGCCCAAACCUAAACCUCAGCCAGCACCAAAACCAGCCAGCAGGCUUGGCAUAAAAGACAAGCAGACAGACUCCAAGGAAAUUGGGAAGGAGUUGGUCAACCCUGUGCCUGAGAAGCCAGUGCUGAAAAGCAAUUUUAACAGCUCAAAUAACUGCAUUUACAGUAAGGUUGUGAAACCCAAAAAGCUAGCGAAGGAGGUAUCAGUUGAUAAUAUCGCCACUAACCAGGACUCUGUUUACGAAGAUCUGGGGGACCUUUAAUGGGCUGAAUCUGAAGAUUAAUUUGAAUUUAUGUCUUCAUUAUAGAAUGUUAACUCACAUUUCCAUAGUUCUGGAACACUGCUUCAAGCAAGGAUAGAGAAUGGAUUUCCUGUACGAACAGCCAAAACAAAAAUGUCGGUAUUUUUUCUUAUUUCCUCCUGUUUUGUUCAGCUGUAAUAGGGAGUUGAAUUAUGGAUACUGUGAUACAAAUUAUAGAGUUUUUUUUAAGGCAUAAGGUACCUUUAAUGUGAAAACAGUCCAAUUAUUAAUUUCAGUCUGUGUCUCUGCCAGGUUCCUGUCAGACCAGUGUUCACAUACACUCAGUGGCCUCUUUAUUAGGUACACCUGUACAUCUCGUUAGUGCAAAUAUCUAAUCAUCCAAUCACGUGGCAGCAACUCUAUGCAUAAAAGCAUGCAAACGUGGUCAAGAGGUUCAGUUGUUGUUCAGACCAAACAUCAGAAUGGGGAAGAAAUGUGAUCCAAGUGACGUUGACCAUGGAAUGGUGCCAGAUAAGGGUGGUUUGAGUAUUUCAGAAACCGCUGAACUUCUGGGAUUUUCACACAUAACAGUGUCUAGAGCUUACAGAGAAUGGUGUGAAAAACAAAAAAAAACAUCCAGGGAGCGGCAGUUCUGGGGGUGAAAGUGCCUUGAGAGAGGUCAGAGGAGAAUGGCCAGACUGGUUCAAGCUGACAGAAAGAUAACAGUAACUCAAAUAACCACACAGAAAAUCCAAACAGCAUGCACAAGAUGCUGGAGGAACUCAGCAGGCCAGUCAACAUCUCUGGAAAAGAACAAGCUGUUGACGUUUUAGGCUGAGAUGUUGAUGGUUUGCUCUUUUCUGUAGAUUUUGAAUCUUGAAGUGGAUGGGCUAGGGCAGCAGAAGGCGACACUGGGUUCCACUUGGGUACUUAAUAAAGUGUCACUGAGUGUAAGGCUGGGUAAUGAGCGGUGUGGUAGUUCUUUUUUCCUAGCCAUCCGCUUGCCGACAUCGCACGUCCCCAUUUUUGGGAAAUGGUAUGGUACGAGAAUUCUCUUCCCGGAAUGCUUGUUUUGGGACAAAUGGCUGGCCCUGAGAUUAAUGCCUCUCCUUCCUGGAGGUGAGUCCCAGGCUGUCUCAAUCGCGAUGAUGGGUGAAAGAGGAGGAGGAGAAGAUGGAAGAAGACAAAGACGUGGAACCUUUUUUUGAAAGAAGCAUGAGAACCCACAUCAUGGAAGUUGAUGUUAAGUGGCGUCCACAGUGGAAGGACACUCGAAUAGUGACAGUAAAUUUGACAGAAGACUUCAUUGAUACGCUACUGAUGGUGGAUUAUUACUGAGUACUCUUCAAAACUUGCUGUAAAGAUUAUUUUUAUGUAUAAACAAAUAACAGUUUAUCACUGAUCUAGUUUUGUAUUAACUAAACUCUUCCUUUGGCUCUGAA